AUGACAGAUGACUGCGGAAACGGGGAGGAUGGAAGGAGAGAAAAGUUUUCGCAUGUAGCGGACGAGACGGACAAAACUGCAGACUGCCGUCUCUGCCCGGCGAAACACAUAAAUAAUCCAGCAAAGACGCCACUGCAUUGGAGCAUGAAUCACCCAGAUACCAUCUACGUAUGUCUAGUUUCAAUCGAGAUGUUGAGCGCGCGCGCUCCGAGUAAUUUGACUCAAGUGCCAACAGUUACUUUAAAUAAGAGAAGAUUUUUAGAGGUGCUUGAAACGGAUGAGGCUAUAGCACCAUUUUUGGACUACACCACGUUAUCUGGGGGCGGUUUGAAGUUUGAAUUCUUUAGUCGUGUGUGUGAAAAAGGAAAAAGCCGAAAACGACCAGUGAGAAAAGAAAAUUGGAAAAGGUCCAAAUUAAAAGCGCAAAGGCGUAGGCCAAAAGGUGUACCUGAAUAUCCCACAUGCCGCUAUGACAAGAUAUCUACUUUUUCAUGUAAGAAGCUAUCAAUGAGUGAUAUCCAUCGAUUUCAUAAGCUAAUUUAUUCAUGCAGCAGUAAAAAUGAACAAGACAUGCUUAUAUUAAAAUUUUGUGAAGGGGUACAACCCAAAAGAAGUUUUGGAAAGAAAAAAUCAAUUUCUAUCCAGUAUUAUAUUUCAAAAAAUGUCGGGACUAGAGUCAGAGUUUGUAAAGCCGCAUUUAAAGGGAUUACUUUGCUGAGUCCAUUCAGAAUCGAGAGACUAGCACGCAGUCAUCUUUUGAAACGAGAAGCGCCAACAGAGAAGAGAGAAGGAGGCCGAAUUAAAGACAAAAAUGAUCAAGUUAAACAAUCAAUAAAAAUGUUUAUCGAAAGUCUGACAUGUGCAGAAUCCCAUUAUAGAUCAUGGUCAUACAAGUAGAUUAUACCUUCC